UGGACAAAUCAACAUUUCAUCUUUGUUACUCGACAUUUUCAAAAUUUUCGGUUUACGCUUUAGUUCCUUUCACAAUGAAAUCACAAUUGUCAUUUUUCUCAAGGAAGGAUGUUCAGCCCCAGCAUGAGUCUCAAGUCCAGUGCCCGAAUCAAGAAGCGCCGCUCGGACGCGGCCGCCGCUACCUUUUCAACUGGAGCUGCUGCUGCAACCGGGAAUGGAAGUGGAAGUGGGAAUGCUAGUGCAAGUGGCAAUGCGAAUGGCAGUGGCAGUGGCAACAGUAAUGGUAAUGGGAAUGGAAAUGGCAGUACCGUCCCCCCAACAAGUAACUACAACUGCAACCAGAGCCUGUGCAGCUCCGAAAAGCACAAGAAGCACAGCUACGCGGGACGCAAUCCCAACUUUGAUACGGACGAGACGAAGCUGCUGAUUCAGCUGUGGGGCGAUCCCAAGCUGCAGCGCACCCUCAUCACCACGCACAAGAAGCACGCUGUGAUCUGCCAACUGGCGGCCAAGAUGCAAGAGUACGGCUACCACCGGUCGCCGGAGGAGAUAACCACUCGGAUCAAGAAUCUCAAGUGCUUCUACAAUCGCCUCAAGAAGGACAAGGAGUGCGGCGCCACCUCCGAUUCGGAGCCCAGCUGGAAGCAUUUUGCCGAAAUGGAUGCCAUCAUGACGCGUCCCAUCUUCAGUGUACGGCCCAAUGAGGUGCCAGCCCCAUCGCUGAAAUAUCAACUGGAGCAGGCCCUGGAGGAGCAUGCGGAGCAGCGCAGCCGGCGGCUGGCCAACGGCGAGGAGUUGUCCGAGAGCGAUAACGAGGAGGACGACAUGUUGCUCUCCUCUCUGGUGUCCAAAGGCAAGGAAGACACGCCCCGUAAGGAAGUGGAGGCCGCCUGCCUUGGGGUGGACACGGAUUUGAAUGAGCAGACCCUUGAUGCCAUCGCCUCCAAGCGACGCAAACGCUCAACCGAGCCGGAUGUGGAUAUCGGUCAGUCGGUCUUGGCCUCCCCUAGCAUCAAGACUGAGCCGGGCCAUGAGCCAGGACCUGCUCCCGUUGCUGCACCGGUGGAGUCUGAACAGGAGGACGACGAUGACGACGACGAUUGCAUGCUGCUGCCGCAGACCAAGGAGGAGCCCAUCGAUGUGGAUGCUGGCGAUGAUUCACCCAGCGAGAAGUCUCCUAGUCCGGUCAUGUCCACUCUGGCGAAUAUUUUGCAGCGGCCGAGGAACCCAGGCAAUCUCAUGUCCUACGCGACAGGCAAUGUCAUCAUCUCAGCGAGCGGCACCACUUCCACCAGUUGCUCGGUGCCUAUUCAAAGCACUAGCACACUCUGCAGCAAUGCGGGUAUGCUGCAGCCGGGCAAGAUCUCCUUGGUGCCCACCAAUUUCCUGAUGCAGUCCAAGCUGCCGGCUACUGUGGGACCUAGUCCCGUGCCAGCCAACGGGUCUGCUCCACAGCUGCAGCUGCUGCAGAGCGCCAUCAACCAGGGAGCCCGUUUGAUGAUUAGCGGAUCGGCCUCUGCCCCGGCACAGCCAAGCAAUGCCGGGCUGGUGGCCACUGCUCCCGGCGGUGUUAAGUUUGUCCUAGUGAAUACCGAGCAGGCCAAGGCAGCGGCAGCCGUAGCUGCUGUGGGGAAAUCAGCAGCAACGCUACCACUGGCCACGGCCCAGGCUCAGGCCAUAGCACAGCAGCAGCAGCAACACCAACAACAGCAACACCAACAACAGCAGCAGCAACAACAGAAACUGCAACAGCAAAACCUCCAGCAGGAGCAACAGCUGCAACAGCGCCAGCAGCGACAGAAGGAAAAGAGAAUUCAACAGGAGAAGGACGAGAACCGCCGAGAGAGGCAGAGAGAGGAAUCGCAGUCCAGGCGACACAUGACAACUAUGAGAAUCCUACUCCGGCAGCUGCUUAAUUCCCAGAACGAGGCGAAUGAGAUCCAGCAUAAUCGCCUGUCAUUGGAGCGCGAGCGUCUGGACUGGGAGCGGUCGAUGGGGGAUCGCCUGCUGUCGUUGCUCCCAAACCUGGUGCAGCCUGCCCCAGUGGCUACUCCAUCAACUACUGCCCAGCGCCUGCAGCCGCCUAAGCUGCUGUUCACCACAGCUCUGCCCAUGGGCAAUGGUACCGUCACCAUGCCACAUAUACUCACAACCAAUUCCUUGCCAAAGGUGAUUACAGCCCCAUCCUCCACGCCAGUCAACUGCAGUACCAGCAGCAGCAGCACUGCCAUCGUCGGUGGAGGCCCGGCACCAAAACCUGCAGCGGACGGUGAUGUUCAACUAGUCACGCCAAAGCAGGAGAAGGAGGGCUAAUUGAUAUAGUAAUCGCGAUCUCUGACUUUAAGAAACGAUGAUAUUCCAUUAAAAGUCCAUAUCUCAUCUUAAAUGUAGUUUAUUCUAACAAUAAGACUUCUAUAUAAUAAAGCUUGAACUAAAUACUGA